AUGAUGCGCAGUCACUUCGUGUUCGCAACUGUACUUUCCCACGCAGGCGUUUUAGCGUUUCCUGCGUAUACAGGGGGGCCAGACAUUGUGGGCGAAAACGGCUACACCAGCGCCCCUUAUCACGGCCCCUACACAGGGACGCCCACCACCACCGGGGCAGUCCAGGCUCCAGCAACAUUGGCUCCAUCUAUCGAGCCGAAACCACCAAACCCAACGGCAACAUAUUAUAAUAGCGAUGGGGUGCCACAGGAGCCCAUGCCGGCUCCUUAUGUCCCUGCCGGCGGCUUGGGGACGAACGGGACCCUCCCCCGAUACAUGGUCGAGAGCGAUUGGGACUUUGAAUCUAUUGCUCUGGGUGUAUAUCAAGAAUACAUCGAGCUGGACCUCUUCCAUGACGGCCUUGCCCGUUUCACCGACGACGAAUUCGAGGCGGCCGGUCUGGGCCCUGAGGUACGGUCCCUGAUUGAAUUCAUGGCCAACCAGGAGGUCGGACAUGCGACGCUACUGAGUAAUAUGUUGGGAGAGGCUGCUCCAAAGGAAUGUGUCUAUGAUUACCCGUACAAAACAGUACGCGAGUGGGUUGACUUCAUGCAACGCGUUACCCGGUUUGGGGAGUCCGGCGUUUGGGGCUUCUUGUCACAUCUAGACUCUCGCGAAGUCUCGCAGAUGCUAUCGCAGUCAAUCGCAGUCGAGGCACGCCAGCAGAUGGUCUUCCGCCAGCUGUCAGGCCUUGCACCAAUGCCAGUCUGGUUUCAGAACGGUUGGCCACAGUCAUGGCAGUGGACCAUGCUGGCUCCCUAUAUCAGCUACUGUCCGGAGGGAACCACGCGACUUGCCUGGCAGAACUUCCCUACUCUGCACAUUCUCAACAACCCGAACAUCAACCGCGUCAACGCCAAGGAGACUCGGCAAGAUGGGAGCGAGACAGUGGGCGACCGAAUCACCGACCCGUCCAUCGUGGCCAUCCUCAAUGAGCAGAGCUGUAUCAAUGCGGAGGAAAUUGGAAGUAACUGUGCACCGGCCAUUGCCAGGAAUCGGUCUGAGCCUCUUUCAUAUCCUGGCAAGCGAGUGUACUUUGAGUGGGAUGCCCCCGGCCAGCAAGUUGGGCCUAACAACUCCUACAUCACCGCCACUACCGCGGGCGAGCCCAAAUUCGUUGGAUGGAGCAACCAGCUUAAUCUCACCUACUCCCCCUUGACGGUAACGGGGCCUAACCGAGGAUGGACCGAGCAACCUAGCGGCUUUGUGUUCGGUGAUGAUGGAAUCAUCAACGACACUAUGGCAGUCAUGCUGACUGAUGUCGACUUGUUCGUGACACCUUUCAACACGACGCAACUGAACCCGCACAUCGUCGCCCUGGGUCUUUACAUGGCAGGCUGA